AUGUCACCACCAUCAUCUGCGACGAAGAAGAAGAGAAGAAGAAGAAGGUUUGCCAUCGUAGACUGCGAGGAUGAGGUCGAGUUUUCGUACGUCGCCAUCGCGUAUUCUCGCCUCCUGUCCUUCUCCUCAAAAUCCUCCUCCAAUUCGUCUUCCAAUCAAGAAGAAGAAGAAGAAGAAAUUUGGGAACACCAUCGAGUGCCGGAGGGAGAAUUACCAGAUAUGAGCGAGAUUGAGACGUACGAUGGGAUCGUCAUAACCGGGUCUCGACAUUCCGCCGUGGACGGGGUAAAAUCUAUGCGAUGGAUGAAACAUUUGAAACAGUUUUUAGAACGCGUGGCACGCUUGAGAAAUGAGAAGAAACAACCGAAAAUAUUCGCGGUGAACUUUGGCGCGCACGUGUUGUGCGAAGCGUUAGGAGGGAAGGUAAGGAGACGUAAUAGUAUUAAUAGUAACGAAGAAGAAGAGUUGGAUGUGAUUGGGAAAUUCACGUGCGAAUUUGAUACGAGCGCGUGCGAGAAAGCGUUCCCGAAAUCGGUUUGGUCGAAUACGCGCGCGAUAAUCGAAGAGAAGGAGAAGCGCAGAAUGAAGAUGGUAUCGAAGCAACGGGACGAGAUUUGCGAGUUGCCAGUAGGUGCUGUGAUGCUCACGAAGGCGGUCGUUGACGAUGACGACGACGAUGACGAUAACAGUAGUGAUGAAGAAAAAGAGAAAGAAAGCCCCGAUCUUCCGGAACCGGAAUCGGUGUUCCAACCCGUGCCGCACGAGUUUUCCAAGUUUAUUCCGGAGAGGCAGAAACCAAAAGUAGCGGGAACGAGUAGCGAAGACGCUAAUGCGCACGAAAAGAAGAAGAAGAAGAAAGAACAAAUACGAGCAGCGAAAAAGAAGAAACCUCUGUCGUAUUCGAACGAAGCGGUAUGUUGCUGGGCGUGGUCGCCGUCCUUCAGUGAUGAUAAAGACAACACAAAGUCGAAGGCGAGAGUGUUGGCGUGGCAACACACGCUUUUGCGAGACGAAGAAAAAGAGAAGAAGAAAAAAGAAUACGACCCGGAAUCAGACCCGUCGAUUGCGUUUUUAUCCUUAGCGAGAGCUUUUCUGAGAAGCAAGAACGACGACGAUGAAAACGACGACGACGAAAGCAGCGGCGUUUCGUACUUAAAGGAUUCGAAAACCUCGCUCUCGAAAUGUUUACAAGCCGCGAGAGAGACGAUCGAGGCGAAGAGUUUAGACCAGUGGAAGAAGAAAUCCAUCGUCAGAGACGAAAACGGAAACGUCACUGAACACGACGAAAAUGAAGUGGUCGUCUUAGAUAAAAUGGAAUCCGUCGCCGAACAGGCGUUCCUAGCCACUGCGAAAGCGGUAAAAUCAGAGUUGGAUUACGCGAGCGAAGAGUUUCGAUUGUAUUCCUCCUUGAACGAAGUCGCCAAGAACGCGUUCGAGAGAUGCACGAAAGAAGUUUUAGACGCUCGAGUCUUCGUUGAAAAAAUCGCAGACACGGAAAAGAAAAUACACUGCUCGAUACUUCCAACCAUAGAAGCGUUGGAAAAACAAAUCGAAUUGUUCGAAACGACCGUCCAGAACGCGGAAAAGAAGUGCGAUGAAAUCGACGCCAGGAUAGCUAAAUUAGCCUAA